UGUUGCUCACUGCGGGACUUUCUCACUGAGGGACGUAAAGAUUCAAAUCUACAUUUUAAGGCUGAACUUUCAGGACGGUGCUGGAUAAUCUCAAACCCGGCUCCUGGAAUCAUGAAGUCUCCAAAGCUUAAAGCUCAAGCGAAGUUCGUCAACGAGGAGGACCUGACCGACGUGCUGUGCGAGUUCGACGCGGUGAUCGAAGACUUCACGUCGCCGGUGGAGAAGCGACACUUCAGGUACGACGAGCACCUGAAGACCGUGAAGAGGAGGAGCAGCGCGAGCGUCAGCGACAGCGGCAUCAGCGACUCAGAGAGUGCAGAGUCUCUCAACAGAAACAGCUUCAGCUUCAGCGACGAGCGGCUCAACUCCCCCACCGUGCUCUCCCCCACCACCCCCACCACCUCACCCCCUCUCAUGUCACCAAAACCCAGACUGGGCGACACCAAAGAACUGGAGGACUUCAUCGCCGACCUUGACAGGACAUUAGAGAGCAUGUGACACGGAGGCUGGCAGUCGUGCUGGAGCGUAGCCAUGAGCGAGGGAGGGAGUGGAUGCCUGGACUCCCCUUGAACAUGCACCUGCCCCCCCCCCCCCACACCACA